GUCUUUUAUCUCUUUUUAAACGGCUCUUCUCUUUCUUUCUCUUUUUGUUUUGUAUAUUUAGAUAAUAAAUACACGACUCUUCCCUAAGAUUCUUCCUCAUCUAACGGUAAAAGAAAACAAAUCUUAAAAAUAUUUGAUGGUGAUGCUUUAGUCCCUUUCACUCUGCUCGACAUUGUCAUCGUCAUCUCUCUCUCUCUCUCUCUCUCUCUACCUAUUUUCACUCUCAAUAUUUAGUUGCAUGCAUGAUUUUUCUUGUUCUCGACACACUUUGUUUUUUUCUUCUUCACUAAUUAAUUCUGUCUUUUUGGAUCCUUUUCUCUCCUCCAACUAACCCAUUUUCCACCACUUUGUUUUUCCCGCUAUCCAAACAACACCACUGCCUCCAAAAUGAGUAGCACUACUACUUUUUCUGCCACAGACGUUUUUAAUCAGCACCACCAUGAUGAUCUCUUGAACUUAUCUUCUGGAGACGAUCUUUUCAGUAUCCUGGAGCGCCUAGAGGCCGAUGUGGUGCAUUUUCCUCCGUUGGAUGAAACCGCUGGUUUCAUUAAUAAUGGAUCAAAGUUUGAAAACGACGAAUCACAAAGUCAAACGACGCCGUCCACUCAGAAAUCUUCGUCGUCGAGCACUCUUCAAGACUCAUCAGAAGCUGAGCUUGACACUACUUUGCCAAAAAGCAAAAGGUUGAAGGCCUCAACGACAACGUGGGAGGAGGAAACGACACUCAACCCAUCAGAUGGGCAAGGGAAGAUGUCUCACAUAGCUGUUGAACGAAACCGGAGAAAACAAAUGAAUGAAAAUUUGACUGUUUUGCGUUCUCUCAUGCCUUGCUUCUAUGUCAAGCGAGGAGACCAAGCAUCAAUUAUUGGUGGGGUAGUCGACUACAUCAACGAGCUGCAGCAAGUUUUACAGUCUUUAGAGGCCAAAAAACAAAGGAAAAUUUACACUGAAGUGUUGAGCCCUAGACUAGUUCCGAGUCCACGAGCUUCACCGGUGAUUCUUAGCCCUAGAAAACCACCUCUAAGCCCUCAUCUUAUCAGCUUACCCAAUAGCCCAAGAACCCCUCAGUCAAGUAGCCCAUACAUACCACCAAGGCUUCAGCAAACCUAUCUUAACUCAUCACCCACCAUACCUACUAGUACUUCUACUACUACUAGUAAUAAUUAUACUCUUGAUCCCUCACCAACUUCAUCUUCCACCUCCUCUAAUAUCGACAAUGUCAAUGAUCUUUUCGCCAACUCCAAGUCCGCCGUUGCCGACGUGGAGGUCAGUUUUUCCGGUUCAAAUGUUCUUCUCAAGACGGUAUCUCCUAGGAUUCCAGGGCAAGCUGUAAAAAUAAUUGCUGCCCUUGAAGACCUGUCGCUAGAAAUUCUUAAAGUCAAUAUCAACACCGUUGACGAAACCAUGCUUAAUCAUUCCUUCACUAUCAAGAUUGGAGUUGAAUGUCAACUUAGUGCGGAGGAACUCGCUCACCAAAUCCAGCAAACAUUCUGCUAAUCAUAUCAUUUUCUCCAUCUGAUCUAACAACAUCAUUGUCUCUCCCUUUUAUUUUUAUUUUUAUUUUCAUUUUCUUAAGCUUAGUUAAUUAGUUGUAAUAUAUGAGGAUGAAGUACUACAAGGGAGCCAAUUUAUUACCACAUAUUAUCAUUCAUAUAAACAUGUUUUAGAAUUA